AUGAGUUUUGGUCAAUGUUCGAUGAUCACUGCAUUGUUCAUCUUCCUUCUUCAUCUCCCCUCUAGCAUUUCUAUUGAUUCCAUUUCUCUAAACCAAACCAUUAAAGACGGCGACGUCUUAGUAUCGAGCAGGAGCCACUUCGCGCUUGGAUUCUUCAGCCCCGGAGAUUCUGGCAAACGUUAUGUUGGAGUUUGGUACAACAAAGUUCCAGAGCAGACCAUUGUUUGGGUUGCAAAUAGAGACAACCCUGUCAAUGAUGCCUCUGGACUGUUAGUGAUAGAUAAAGAUGGGGGCCUUGUCAUAUAUGGGAAGGACAGGAGAGUCCGUAUUUGGUCUGCUAAUGUUACUCUCUCUUCUCCAGAAAAUUCCAUGGCCAAGAUCUUGGAUACAGGAAACUUUGUUUUGUUUGAGAACACCAGCCAGAAAGUGUUGUGGGAAGGGUUUGAUUAUCUCUCAAAUACACUGCUUCCUUUUAUGAAACUUGGACUGAACCGGCGGUCCGGGUUGAACCGGUUCCUCACUUCUUGGAAGUCCCGGGAUGACCCGGGAACAGGGAAUUGUUCAUAUAGGAUCGAUCCAAGUGGGUUUCCGCAGCUGUUUUUGUACAAGGGUCGAGCUCCAUGGUGGCGAUCCGGGUCUUGGAUCGGGCACAGAUGGAGUGGUGUCCCUGAAAUGACUCCAAAUGUCAUCUUCAACGUUAGUUUUGUGAACAAUCAAGAUGAGUUAUCUGUUGUGUAUGGUAUUACCAACGACUCAAUCUUCUCAAGAAUGGUGCUUAAUGAAUCAGGAACCAUCGAACGGUCGACGUGGCACGAUCAACUACACCAGUGGAUGAAGUUUUGGUCUGACCCGGUAGAGAUAUGUGACAACUAUGGGAGGUGUGGUCCGAAUAGCAAUUGCGACCCUUACCAUGCUGAUAAGUUCGAGUGUACAUGCUUACCUGGUUUUGAACCAAAGAUGCACAAUGAAUGGUACUUGAGAGAUGGUUCAGGUGGGUGUGUGAGGAAAAAAGGAGUGUCCUUGUGCCAAAAUGGAGAAGGUUUCGUGAAGGUGUCACUAGUAAAGGCACCAGACUCGUCUGCUGCGACUGUAAACAUGAACCUGACUCUGAAAGAGUGUGAAGAAGAAUGCCUAAGGAAUUGUUCGUGCACAGCAUACUCGAAUGCAAAUGAUUUGCAAGGAGGAAGUGGAUGUGUAACAUGGCAUGGGGACUUGAUGGAUACAAGGACUUAUACGAAUGUCGGUCAAGAGUUAUAUAUUCGAGUUGAUUCAAUGGAAUUAGCUAAAUACGCGAAAGAAGCUAAUGGUUCUAUUAGCAAGAAGGGGAAGCUAGCAAUUGUGAUAGCAUCAAUUUUGGUGUUCUUUCUUCUUAUCUCUGUCAUAUAUUGGUCCGUAAAGAUGAAGAGAAAAGGUAAGGAAAAAGAGGAUCUAUUUUCAUAUGGUGCCACACCUUCAUUUAGCUACUUCGAAAGUUCUCAUCGUAGCACAAAUCUUGAUGAUAGCGGAUUAAACUCAGAUCUGCCUUUCUUUGAUCUAAGCACCAUAUCGGCAGCCACACAAAAAUUCUGUAAUUCGAACAGGCUUGGAGAGGGGGGUUUUGGCCCCGUUUAUAAGGUAGUGUUGGAAUCAACUUCAGCUGGGAUGGUUGUUCACUUUUUUCUGAAUGCACUGAGGAGUGCUUUCUAGUGGAACAGAAAUAGCCGUGAAAAGACUAUGCAAGAAUUCUGGCCAGGGAAACGAAGAGUUCAAGACUGAAGUUGUGCUGAUUGC